AUGCCUUGAUUUAAAAAAAAAAAAAAAGCCAAUUGGGCCAUUGUUGAAAUGUAUUGAUCCUAAGGAAAUGAUGCAAAAGGAAACAACUCUGUUUCCCAGUGUUAUGUCCCACACAGAUAAGCAAUGCACUUGCUAAUUUUAAAGCCAGAAAGGGAAGGAAGCAUGACAGCAAAGUUUCCGCCAUACCAAACACUGUUGAGAAAAAAAAGCAAAAAGCCUGUCUUGGAAAAAGCUUAGUGUUCGUCUGUCUGCUUGGAGUCAGUGUGGAAACUAACAUCAGCCUGGUGGAAUAAUGGCACAAAAUGAUACACAUCCCAUGUUGGAAAUACUAAAAUCAUUUAAUCUCGGUGAUAUGAUUCUAGCCUUCUGUUUGUCUAUGCUUGUGGGCCUGCUGCUUGGUGCGUUGGUCUACCUUCUGUUGACCUGGGCAUCCAGACGCAGGGCCACCGCCAGGAUCACCAGGCGCUCCAAAAAGAAGUCCCGCACUUCACAAGCACAAACCCCAAUGACCAACCAGCUCGGCCUUUACCGAAGCACUUUUCUGAGCGUCUACAGACAACCCUCUCUGGAGCCAGUGGGCCCUCUUGGGCUCAAACCCGGGGCAGAGACCUCCACCUUUCGCCCGCUGGCCAAGAGAAGCAGGGCUGAGCUGGAGAUGGGAGAUGACACCCAGGUCACCAUGCCUGAGGAUACGGCGGCUUCAACCUCAUCGGAUUCAGCAUCCCUUGUGCCAAACAAGAGACAUUCCUUCUGGUUGGGCGGCAACGGACUUAAGGGCUUCCUCCCCUCGCAGACUCCUCCUCCUGCAUAUGACAGCGUCAUCCAUGCCUUUGAAGAGACUUGCACUUGAAACUGUCAGCAUAACUACAACAAGAAGUGGAAAAGUUAAAUUACAGUUGACUUUCUGUUCUGGCUGUGUUCUGCUCUUUUAUAAGGGACGGUUAUGUCUGCAUACUGGGAGAUCAGACCAUCCCUGCCACUUUUCAGUUUGUCCUUAACUGAUUUUGCUGCAGAACAGCUAUGAAAUGUCAGCUCAGUAUAUAUGUUAUGGAAUAUUAAUAGUUCAUGACCAUUUGCAGGGCAUCUCAUGACAUGUUGUGGUCCAUCAGUUGAGGCCUGGGGGUAGAUCUUGCUGUAAUCGUGUGAAGAUGAGAGAAACACUGUGUGCUAGAUAGUUAUAUUAUCUAAAAUCACAAUAAAGAUUGAAUGGUGAAUUUA